AAAAAUUUAACAGAGAAAGAAGAGGGCCACGCAGUGAAAAAAGUUGAGAAUCCCUGCUUUAAGGGAGAGUUCACACACAACAGAAAUUCUCUCAUCAUUGACUCUCCCUUUACUUUUCACAAAACUUUAAGAUCUCUUCCACAGAUGUAGAAUACAGACUGUUGGUGUUUUUUCUUAGGAAAAUCAUACAAAAAAGCAGGAGAUGUGAGCAAAAGCCUCCAUCUGUAGUUUUCUCACUGCUGUCAUGGAGAAAAGGGGAUUUCAUUAGUGCAUUUUUCUUUCCAGUGGAUCUUAUCACGUUUCUGAUUGUGGUUUUAGAGUGUCGAGCAUUCAUACUACACUACGUCAACUUUUAAUUAUAAUCUUCUCUCUCUCUGUGUCUGACAGACGUGUUCUCAGAGUUUUCCCUGCGCUGGACGUGCUUUAAGAAACGCAUUUCUGUCUCAUGGACCGUAUCCAGCCAAAGACAAGAUCCACCUCGCUCGCAUCAUCAGGAGGAGUUAUGUGGGUGUGGAGCUGGUGCAGUGGCUGCUGGAGCAGUGUGUGGCGGUUCAGUGCAGGUUAAUGGCGUCCCGCGUCUGGCAGGUGCUUCUGGAGCUGGGAAUCCUACACUCAGUUGACCAGCGGCUGGUGUUUGAAGACUCUAACACAUACUAUCAGUUCUCGUUCGAGGAGUGUGAUGCUCAGGGCUGUGAAUUUCGUAAUGAGGAGGAAUGGCAGAACGGUGUCCGUCUUUUACUUCAGCUCGUCCCCUACGUCCAGUUCCGGGUCGUCAGUCCACCCGAGGAGGACCCAGAAAGGAAGCGUGACGUCUGCAGUGAGAUCCUCCAGAUGAAGGCUCUGGAGAGACUCACGUCCACGGUCCAGAAUGAACUCGCAGCUGCGCUUGCGAGGAAAGCCAAGAAAUCAA